AUGAAUCUGAAAGUAGUCCUGCUAGCGGUGCUCGCCAUCUCGGCAAGUGCAGAGAAGUAUGAGCUUAUGGUGGCGGAUGAGGAGGUGUUCCACAGCUGUCCUGAUCCUGAGCCCGGCACCCUCGACAUAUAUGGUUUGGCAGAUUUAUCGGAGCUCUCAACGACCAUGGAUGCUGAUGGUGUAACCCUAACCGGAAACGCGACUCUUAGAUGGGCUGUUCAACCCGAGGAUCGCGUUGAGAUGAGCGCCAAACUCUUGUACAUGGACAGAGGGACCUGGACGCCAACAGUGUUCUCGCUGCUUUCAAAGGACUUCUGCAAGGUUAUGUACGACAAAAAUCAGUUGUGGUACAAAUACUGGACUGGGCAUAUUACCAAUGACGUAAAGAAUUGUAUAAAUGUGGCCGGUACGAAAUAUUUACAUGAGAAGUAUGUGCUUAGUUUGACCGCAACUGCUAUGGGGCCAGUUACCGAAGGUCGUUACAAAGCCAACAUAGUUUUCAGAGCCUAUGAUUCUUCCGGGGACGAGAGGCCGACUCGCAUUUGCGUAGAAGUACAGGGCGAUUUAUCUAAAGUCAGACGAUCAAAGCCCUUUCCAUAGGAGCACUCCAAUUUGGGUGUCUUGCAAGAAAUGAUUAGAUGUUUACUA